GGCAUUAUCAGUGUUUUAUCUGAAGUAUACGACACUCAACUUGUCCAACAAAGUAACUAAACAUCGUCAAAAACCAAUGUUAUAAUAUGCACGGUCGAGUUCACCCUUAAUUUCUCGCGCGUUUGUUUGACUACAAUUUGCAAUGCAGUUUUUUAACGAAUGUUUGAUCAAGUGUAACGAUUUUCCUAUAAACGUAUAUACAGAAUAGUGAUAGAGGUUGUUUAUGUUUGAAACUAUGAAGCGUUCCGUUUUACAUGUCGCUGGAUUCUUAGCACGUCUGCAAAGUACCUUGCUUUGUGUUCUGUAUGUGGCAGCUGCUGUUGACGCUGACGAAUGCACCCAGUAUACUAAAUUAACCAGCGAAUAUCGUAGUAUCACCUACUACGACUUUAAAGUCGAGAGAUGUGAUAACCAGUUACAGCCCGGCUGGUACAGGUUUACGGAGCAGGCUGGACGCAUGAUGCCCACGAAAUGUGUGGCCAAGUUUCACUGCGGGGCCUACGGUCCUGGCUGGCUGGACGGCGACCAUCCUUUGCCCCAGGAUGGGAGGGUGAGCCGACGAGUGUGCUUUCAUCUUGAAGGAGAGUGCUGUAAGGAGUGGAUAUUUAUUAAUGUCAGGAAUUGCGGUAAUUUCAUGGUAUACCAAUUGAAGCCUCCACCCAAGUGUCCGCUGAGGUAUUGCGGGGACGCCGUCAAAGAAACUAGCUCCAGUAUUGUGGAAGCUCCCCACGAGUGCAAGAAUCACGGCGUGCUAGACGCUAUGAACAGAGCAGAGGGAUUUUAUGACCCUUUUCUAUCACUGACUGACAUUGGACUUACUCCUGGAUGGUACAGGUUUAAAGAUGAAGCGGGACUUGAGAUGGCGGAUAAAUGCGUCAAGUUGUAUCACUGUGGCACCCACGCAACUGGCUGGCUGAAAGACGGUCAUCCUGCUCAUUCCGACGGCGCAGUGCUCAGAGAAGUCUGUUUUCACUGGCUCGGUAAUUGCUGUUACUUCAAACAACAAAUUUUGGUCCGUCGGUGUAAAAAUUUCUACGUCUAUGAAUUCCCUGGAACCGGGAAAAGCUUCCUGCGAUACUGCGGCAAUGGUACUGCUGUUCAUAAUCACUGGAAGAAACAAUGACCCUCUUGCAAUCGCUUCGCUACAAUAUAAAAUUAAACGACGAAAAUUUUGUUUUUAGCAAUUAAGAGGGUCGUAAAUUAAAACAUAGCCUGCGUGACAGGUAUAGGCAGGAAUGGCAGAAAAAAAUGGAGUCAUCGAAUAAUGAUUAUAAGGGAUCUGGGGCGGAGAACAGGCAGCAGCCAACAAAUAAUUCUCUUUUCUCGCCACGACGGUAAACGAAAACUGUUAUUAGCUUCGAGGUAAUGAUGUAUCUUGCUGCGCAAAUAAUGUCCGUAUAUAAUGCUGUUAAAGUGAUAUCCCAUUUUCAGAUAUGACAAAAAAUCCAUUAGAAAGUACGUUUUGCUUGUUGGUUAUGUAAGCCGGAUAUACUGCUGGAUACUAUACAAAUAUUGGAAAAAAUGAGUGAAAAAUCCUUAAUAAUAUGUUAAUACAGUAAUAUAGCAUGUGCUUAAGUAGAAAUAAAAGGUUUGUGUUUAUGCUAUGAUAAAAUAUCGAUCACAUAAGAUCAUUAUAAUGCCCUUAACCUGUUUUAGAGAUCCUCAAGAGAUCCUCAGAUUGUAGCGGAAACGGGUGCAAGGUAUGAAGGAGGAAGAAACAAAUGCUUGUGACAUCGCCAAUUUCGUCAACCUCCAACCGCCUUGUUUGCGAGAGGCAAUUUACAGCUUAAAUUGCCAACAAAAGGUUUGCUCACUGCAUCUUGAUAUACUCAUGGACACCAUCAUGGACUCGCGUACAUGUAGUAUGAAAAGCCUUUUAUUUUGUUUUAAAGUGGAAAACGUACGUAAAAUCAGACGAUUUCACUCGUUUCCAGGAACGAUUCCAUGUGUGAGCAAACUGUUGAAGAAAACUGGGCAAACCAGUAACA